UUGAGCGAACGGAGUGCCGACGGAGCUGGAGUGGCAGCCCGCCAGCCCCGCCCCCCCGGUCAUUGGCCCCGCCCCCAGCCAUUGGCCCCGCCCCCAGUGCUGGUCACGCCGCUCGGCCGCUCGCCGCAGCACUGGGCACCAUGGCCAGGGGACGAGCGGUAUCGUACGGCUCCCUGCUUCUGUGCGCCCUGCUGGCCGUCGGCGCGGCCCGGCCAAAGCUGCUGGUUCUGCUGCUCGACGGGUUCCGCUACGACUACGCGGACGCGCUGGAGCAGCUGGCCGGCUUUCGGGAGCUCGCGGAGGGCGGGGUGAAGGCGGACUACCUGACGCCCAACUUCCCGAGCCUGUCGUUCCCCAAUUACUACUCCUUGAUGACGGGCCGGUACUGUGAAGUGCACCAGAUGACGGGCAAUUACAUGUGGGACCAAGCCUCGACAAAGGAGUUCCUUAUCGGCACCAAUCCUGAUAGCCACCUGCCCAUGUGGUGGGAGGGCUCUGAGCCCCUCUGGGUCACCGUGCAGAAGCUGAAAAAACACGUCUUCAUGUAUUAUUGGCCUGGUUGUGAGGUGCCAAUUCUGGGGGUGAAGCCAACGUUCUGCGAGGAAUAUGUCGGCAGCCCGUCAGAAAAAAACUUCACCGAUGCAAUUGAGAAUGCUCUCACUGCUUUACGGGACAACGCUGAUAUGGCUGCAGUGUACUAUGAGAAGGUUGAUGUGGAGGGGCACCAUUAUGGACCACUGUCCCCACAGGUACAGGCAGCAGUUCGCUUUGUGGAUUCUGCCCUUCAGAUGCUAAACAGGAAGAUCAAGGAGAAAAACAUGCAAGACAAUUUGAACGUGAUUAUUUUCUCUGAUCACGGCAUGACCGAGAUACAGUGGAUGGAGAAAGUCAUUGAGCUCAAAUCGUACAUCAACAUGUCUGAUAUUAUAAAAAUGAUGGACCGGGGACCCGUUGUUAGUCUGUGGCCAAAUCCAGCCAAAUCUGAAGCAGUUUACAGAAGUCUGAAGACUGUGGGGAAUAUGAAGGUGUAUAAGAAGCAAGAAAUUCCAGAUCGAUUUCGUUAUAAGGGUGGGAGGUUUGUUUCAACUUUGACCCUUGUGGCUGAUCCUGGCUGGUUUAUCACUGAGAGCAUCGAGAAGCUGCCUUACUGGCAGAACGGCACUGGAGGGACCCAGGGCUGGCAGCAUGGCUGGCACGGGUACGACAACGAAUUUGUGGACAUGAGGGGCUUCUUUCUGGCUUGGGGACCAGAUUUCAAGAGGAGUCUGCGAGCAGCUCCAAUUCAGACAGUGGAUGUUUACAAUGUCAUGUGCAAAGUGCUUGGAAUCGAGGGUCUUCCGAACAAUGGAUCUUGGUCUCGGGUAGAGUUCAUUUUAAGCGGAACGUCUAGCUGGACCCGACCCAGUCUUCUCAGCAGCAGUGCCCUUGUCCUCCUGGCACUGGCUCUAUCCCUCUAGGUGAGGAAACCAUAACCUGAUUAUUCUAAACUGUUUUUUACACAGUGAUUUUCAUAAGAUUUAAAUUUAUAGUUUCACAUGCAAUAUCCAGUUUUGUACCUUUGCGUAGUUGCCAGUGUCCAGCGGCACUGUUCUUGACUUAUCUAUUGCUAGAAGGGAAAUAUUUAAAGUCAAUAUGAAUAUUUUGAAAAAUUAAGUUAACUUUUUCCCGUGGCAAAGCUGUGAUGCUGACUUUUAACUGCAUCACAAGUGUUCUAUUAAAAUUCUCUACCUUUUCCAAAAGUAUAUCGGUUGUGUUUGUUCUGUCUGUAUUUUGUUUAC